UGGCUGGAGUUUCACGUACUGAAACACGACCAUCCUGAUGGUCACUAUUAUCUUGCUUCUGUUAAAUGUGCAAGGCAAUUUGCCACUGUCUUUGCCGAUAAAUCUGUUGUCAUUUCUCAAGAUGACAAGGCAAAGAUAGGUCUUGGGAUACCAGCUGUAGGUCGGACAUUCCGCACAUUACAGUCAGUUCACGAGCCUGUUUGUGUAGCUGAUUAUGACUUUCCUGCAGGAUAUGAGCAAAAGUUAAUUCUAUCGGUUUACCUUAUGAUCAAACUGAAUGAAUUAAAUGAUGAUUUGAGAACGGGACAACUUGCCAUUUUUGUACGUUGUCAAUGGUCCCUUGGAACUUCUUUACUCACACAUAUGCAAGACCUCAAAAGCCUCAUUCUAGAUCCUCAAUAUGAUGAUACGAUAAAGGCCGACGGAGAAAUUUGA